AUGGGUUCUACAUCUUUGGAUACGUUCGAUUCUAAUAAAAAUGACUAUGCAUCGAAUUUUAUGAUUGGUGGCAGUGCUGGCUAUCUUGGCUUUAAAAUUGGUGGUUUAUAUUCUAAUGAAUAUCAGAGAAUUAAGGAAGAGCAAAAGGAAACGAAAUCGAUUACACUACAUAAUCAAAUUGAUUAUCUCAUGGUCGAUACCAUCCUUUUGCCAACUUGUUCAUUGAUGUCUCAUGUUAAGAAAGAGCUCAUUAAAAUAGCUGAAUAUGUCUUGACUGAUCAACCAUUGAUGGCUACAUAUGCUGCUGAGUUAUUUGUUAAAAAGUAUGGUACACAUUACACCAGUAGACUCUAUUUGGGUGGCUCAAUUAGUGAAGAAGAUUUUAUAUCAGAAUCUGAUUAUUCUCCAAGUGAAAUGAAUAAAAAACUUUACAAGGCAGCAGUCGAAGCAUCAUUUCUUGGUUCAUUUAGUCUAUCGGCAAGUUUUAGUUCCGGUUCAUCGCUCAGUCAAAAUGACAUCAGCCGAUUUAAACAACAAAUACAACGGAAAAUCAUAAAUUCGAAAGUUAAAACUAAACCAGCAAUUAUUCGACGUGCUAUUGAAAAUAUAACCUCUAUUAUUCAACCAGAGAAAAUUCCUGAAUUAACUCUUGUAGGUUUGGUAGAAGUUAAGAAAAAAAUGAAUGAUGCAAUCGAAACUUAUAUUGAAAUGAAUACCCAUCGAGGAUGCAUGAAUCGUCUUUCACCAUCAUUCAACUGGGUGGCUAAUGUUGAUGAUAGUUCGUGUGCACCAGCCACAGUAAAAUUCCAAUUUGGUGGUUUCAUCCAAACUUGUACGGAAGAUAGUCGCUUACAACAGUAA